AUGGCAGACUUUGCACCACCACCGGGUCCCCCACCGCCCAAAGUGCCYGAGGGCUGGAAAGCAGUGUGGAACGAGCAGUACAAAGAAUGGUUCUUUGUCAACAUCUACACCAAAACCUCGACGUGGGAGAAGCCGACACAGCCCGUGUAUCCUCCACCACAAGAUGGCGCUCCUCCAGGCGCUCCGCCAGGCUAUGACACUUCCACCAAGCCACGAUUCGGCGGCGACGAGAAGACUGGCCUGCAUAGCAACAACCCGUACGCUGGUGCGGGUGGUGCGGGAGCUUCCGGUGGCAUGUCCGAAGAUGAGCGUUUAGCUCGACAACUUCAAGCGGAAGAGGAUGCGAGACGGGGUGACUCCAACCGAGGCGCGGCUGAUGGUUAUUAUGGAGGAGGCGCGCCAACGGGUAGCAGUCCAUACGGCCAGACUGGCCAACCUCAAUACGGCCAGCAGCAGCAGCAGCAGGUAUAUGGCCAACAAGAUCAGAAGAAGAGCGGCGGAGGUGGUCUACUCGGCAAACUCGCAAGUAAACUCGGCAGUGGAGGUUCGCGACCACCACAGCAGAGCUAUGGCCAACAACCCAUGUAUGGUCAGCAGCAGGGAUAUCCUCCCAUGCAGGGCGGCUACGGCGGAUACCCCCCGCAGCAAGGUUAUGGAGGUUACCCACAGCAAGGCAUGCCGCCUCGCAGAACGGGUGGCGGUGGUAUGGGUAUGGCGGGCGGUGCUGCGCUUGGUGCUGGUGCGGGUUUGUUGGGUGGUGCCAUGUUGAUGAAUGAGUUUGAUGAUCAUGAGGAGCAUGAGCAGCAGGAGGCUUAUCAGGAUGGUUAUCAGGAUGGGCAGCAGGAUGAUGGUGGCGACUUUGGUGGUGGUGAUGAUAUGGGCGGUGACUUUUAG